AUGCAUACAAGUUUCAAAUUUGAACUUGAAUCUGAAGAGAAAUGCAUGACCUUUCUUCCGCGAAAACAAAACCAGAUUCUAGAUGUAGCCACUCCACAAGUCGUCGCCAAGAUCGAGCAGUAUAAACGUGACAAUCCGACGAUAUUCGCCUGGGAGAUCCGCGAGCGACUCAUUAAUGAGGCAGUUUGUUCAACGCCGCCGUCGGUUUCAUCAAUAAAUCGGAUUCUCAGAACGAGAGCAGCUGAACGAGCAGCUGAGGAGCUCACGAUGAUUCUGAAUGUUCAGCAUCUGACGAGGCAAGUUGUACCUUUCUCCUGUUUUGUGAUGAACCCGAGCUUCCCGUCCAUGCCUCCACCACUACUCACCGCGUAUUCUUCCAUAGCACCAACCUCCCCAGCUGAAACUGUAGCGAUGAGUGAAGAAGACGCGUCCUCCAGAAGAUGUGGACGAAGCAGCUUUUCACAAGAACAACUUGAUCUACUCGAGGCAUCAUUCAUGAAGGAACCGUACCCAAGUACUGCUCAACGAAUGGAACUGGUGAAGAAUACUCAACUACCGGAAGCGAGAAUUCAGGUAUGGUUUUCAAAUAGACGAGCGAAGUGGCGACGUACGCAACAAGAGAGUAGUGGAUCCUCGAUAGAACGAGAAGACGACGACGGCCCACCUGUACUCAAAAAGAGCAGAUCUGAAGAGUCGGAUACCGUAGCUGAAGCUUCCCCACCACCGAAGAAAACGACAAUUUUCAAGCCGUAUGAGUGA